UUCAGAUGCUCAAAGUGAUCGUGGACAUAAAAUUACGAUUUUAUUUGUUUUUUAUUUCCCUAGAAGAGAAAGGAAGGGGGAAAAAACUCUCUCCGUCGAAGCAAGAAUCUGAUAACGCCGCCGCCGCCGCCGGGAUAUGGAUAGUUUCGGAAACGAUUGCAUGAAUUACUUCGGGAGUGAUAUCUUCAUACCAACGGAAGAGCUCGACAGUUGGGGAUUCGACGAGCCGGUUUCCGGAUACUACGAUUCGAGUUCGCCGGAGGGAGUUCUGUCGUCGUCGUCGGCUACGAAGAACAUAGCAUCGGAGAGGAAUAGGAGAAGGAAGCUUAACGAGAGGCUUUUUGCGCUCCGAUCGGUCGUUCCUAAUAUAACUAAGAUGGAUAAGGCUUCCAUUAUAAAAGAUGCAAUCGAUUACAUCCAAAAUUUACAUGAGCAAGAGAGGAGGGUUCAAACUGAAAUUUCCGAGCUCGAAUCAGGAAAGUUUAAGAUAACAGGGUGUGAAUUUGACCAGGAGAUUCCCUUGUUGCUCAGACCUAAGAGGAAGAAAACUGAGAAGUACUUCAGCUAUGGAUCUCCUGCUUCAAGAACUUCCCCCAUUGAAGUCCAGGAUCUUAGUGUAACAUACAUGGGGGGCAGAACAUUAGCGGUGAGCAUGACAUGCUGCAAAAGAGCAGAUUCAAUGGUUAAACUCUGUGAAGUUUUUGAAUCACUGAAGCUCAAGAUCAUCACUGCCAAUAUUUCUGCUGUCUCUGGAAGGCUUUUGAAGACUGUCUUCAUUGAGGCUGAGAAAGAGGAGAGGGAUUACUUGAAAAUUAAAAUAGAAACAGCAAUUGCAGGUCUUAAUGAUCCACAUAGCCCCAUGAGCAUCUGAGAGUUGGAAACUGGUUCUCUCACACUCCCUGAUCAGAGUUUUCCAUUUUGCUCUUUCUUGGGGUUGUCGUCAUGUCACAUGAUUUGUUUUCCUUGAUGAGAGAGUUCUCCUUUCAGGAGUUUCCGAGAGUUCUUUUCUUGGUCCAAGAAGAUAUCAAAUGUAAGAGUGUAGAAUCUUCCAUGUAUAAUUGUCCAUGUCGAAUGGUUUCAUGAGUAUCAACACAAUUAUGUGCUUGAGUUUC